GUCUCCGUCGGAGUCUUCGCGUUCAAACUGUCCUACUAGUCUUGUGUGAAAUAAAUCUCACAAUAGCUAUGAUAGCAUUUGUCAUCAGUACAUGAAAUAAUGAAAUACAUGCGUUUUUCCCAUAUUUCUAUGACGAUUUUACAAUAUUUUCUUUUCCAGAGCUAAUUAUGUGCCAUAUGAAGUUUAUGACUAAAGACGCUCGUCACUCUUGUUUGGCCGCCAUGUCUGAUAUUCUUCUGAAGCUUAGCUUAUUGAGUUCGUGUUGUGCUAUAUCUUGUUGGGAAUAAAAGACAGUGAAUUUCGUUGUGAUUAAGCAGCAGAUAUAUAGGAAUAUCGUAAAACUAUAUACUCGGAAUGUGUGUGGAGUGUGUCUGGAAUUAGAGCAAAUCGAUAUAAUUUGCUUUUGCAGAAGUCUUCAACAUCGUAUUUUUAGUUCAUCCGCCAUAUUGGCGUUAAUAUCUCUUCGUAAUGUCUAAGCAAUGAACCAGAAAAGAAAUCACUUUGAUCACUAAGAUGUCAAGAAAAUGGAGUAUAAAAUAUGGAAAAUACAUUUCCAGAUCGAGCUGACACCAUUUAAAUAUACUACUAUUUGGAGAAAUCUUAGUCUUGGAGGAACAUCAGCAGGCACUCCUGUUUUGUGCCAGGUAUGAUUUAAUUUUAUUGAUUAAUGGGAUGACCUGCCCCCUGGUGCUGUAGCACCACAUUUAAUUUAUUUUGAUAGAAUGGUUUUACGUUACUGGAGGAAAUAGCUAAUGCCUCUAAGUCAGAGAUUGGAGGAGCCUCUAGUUGCAAUUGAGAUAGCAGAUUCCAGCACAAUGCAGCAGGCUGUAGAUCCACUGGCGACGACGAGCACUCCGACUGCGGAACCAAUCAAUGGCGCUCCGCCUGACGAGCCUGCGCGCAGGCAGGGACGGAUAACUAACCAACUACAAUUCCUGCAGAAAAAUGUUAUGAAGGCAGUAUGGAAACAUCAAUUUGCCUGGCCUUUUCAUCAGCCGGUGGAUGCCAAGGAAUUAAACCUGCCGGAUUACCACAAAAUCAUAAAGAAGCCUAUGGACUUGGGCACCAUCAAAAAACGGCUCGAGUCAAAUUAUUACUAUUCUGCUCAAGAAUGUAUCCAAGACUUCAAUACCAUGUUCACCAACUGCUAUGUCUACAACAAACCUGGCGAGGAUGUGGUGGUCAUGGCGCAAACUCUAGAGAAACUUUUUCUGAAUCGAAUAGCUCAAAUGGAUAAAGAGGAAAAGGAAAUAGAAGUACCAUCGAAAGGUGGGAAAGGCGGCGUGAAGAAGCGAACGACCGGUGGGAGCAGCGGCGGCAGUGCGAGCGCGAGCGGCGGCGGCGGCGGGGCGCGCGGGGCCGCCGUGAAGACCAUGCCGGCGCCGCCGCACCCCGCGCUCGUGGGCUCCACCAACACCACCACCACGCCCGCGCUCACGCUCGCCACGCCCUCCGUCACGCCGCCCGCCACGCACACCGGCCUCCCGCAACAGGUGGCCACUCAACAGUCAAGUUUCCACGUAGCGCAGGCUGCUGCCACGCCCGUUUCGACCAUAUCGUCGGUUGCCCUCUCGCAGACUCAACCGGCUAAGGUUAAAAAAGGCGUUAAGAGAAAGGCUGACACCACUACACCUAUGGGCAGUUCCUUUGAAGGAGGAUACACUACACCUACCAUAGAACAGCAAAGUGGUGCUAAACCUGCCAAAAUAUCCACCAGAAGAGAGAGUGGACGCCAGAAAAAGGCUGGGAGGACAGGCGAAGACUCGUUCAAGAUGGGCGCGCUGUCGCCCGGCGUCGGCGGGCCGGGCGCCUCGCACCACGCCGCUCUGACCCCGCAACUCGCAAAGGGCAAGGAAAAACUAUCUGAUGCUCUCAAAAGUUGCAAUGAAAUUUUAAAAGAGCUUUUCUCUAAAAAGCAUUCGGGCUAUGCCUGGCCAUUUUACAAACCUGUGGAUGCCGAAUUACUUGGACUCCAUGACUAUUUUGAUAUAAUUAAGAAGCCUAUGGAUCUCGGGACCGUGAAACAGAAGAUGGACAACAGAGCGUAUAAAACUGCUGCAGAAUUUGCAGCCGACGUCCGUUUAAUAUUCACAAACUGCUACAAGUACAACCCCCCAGACCACGACGUUGUGGCGAUGGCAAGAAAACUACAAGAUGUCUUUGAAAUGAGAUAUGCUAAAAUUCCUGACGAGCCCAUACAUGUUGGAGUUCCUCACAUGGAUAAAGGAAGCUCUGCAUCCAGUUCAGAGUCGGGUUCGGAAUCAGACUCCGAUUCAGAUGACUCUGAAGAAGAAAGAAAUAAUAAAGUAAAGCUCCUAGAGAAAGAGUUGCUCGCAUUGCAGGAGAAAAUGAGAAAGUUAGUGGAAGAGUCCAAUACCAAGAAAAAAGCGAAAAAGAAGGUUAAAGAUAAAUCAUCAAAGAAGCAAAUGGUCAACAGUGCAAUGCCGAAGGCGAAUGCAGUGGCGGGCUAUGGCGCCAAGGCUAACAAUAUUGCAGAGAAUAUAGUUGGUGUAACAGGUACAGGGAGCGCACGCGGCAAAGGCGGUAGUAAGCGCGGAGGCGGCGGCGGCGGUGGCAAGGGCGGCUCUCGGGCAUCCGCGCCGGGCAAGAAGAAGAACUCUGCGCCCAGCACGGCGCCCGCGGCGCACGCGCCGCCGCACGCUGACACCGACGACGAGGACGUCGCCAAGCCCAUGUCCUACGAUGAGAAGCGGCAGCUGUCGCUCGAUAUCAACAAGCUGCCUGGCGAUAAACUGGGCAAAGUGGUGCACAUAAUACAGAGCCGGGAACCGUCGUUACGUGACUCUAACCCAGACGAGAUCGAGAUUGAUUUCGAGACCCUCAAGCCAUCUACGCUCCGAGAGCUCGAAAAUUAUGUAGCCUCUUGUCUUCGAAAAAAGACACGUAAGCCGCAUUAUCGUAAAGUCUCCGGCAAAUCUAAAGAUGAACAAAUGGCGGAAAAGAAACAGGAGUUAGAAAAACGACUGCAAGAUGUGUCUGGACAAUUAGGAACUACUAAGAAGCAACAAGUGAAAAAAGAAGGCUCAAAGGAGGCACUGGCCGGCGGCGGCGGCGGCGGCGGCAUGUCCUCCUCGUCCAGUUCGUCCGACUCGUCCAACUCGUCCUCCAGCACGGACACCAGCUCCUCCGACACCAGCGACAGCGAAGCAGGUGCCGGCACGAAACCGCUCAAGAAGAAGACGAAGAAGCAACCUCAUCCUGCGCUACCUGCGAAAAUCGUUCCACCAGUGCCGACGGCCGGUAGUUGUUUGCCCGGGGCGGCGGCAGGCGCGGGCGCGGGCGACCCCGGGGUCAAGCCCCUCGUGGAAGUGAAGCCUCCCGCGGAGGUGAAGCUGGCCCCCGCCGCGGACGCCAAGGAACCGCCCGUGGCACCCAGCGCGCGCGCCGUCCCGCCCGCCGCCGCGCCGCCCGCCGCCCCUGACUCCUCUCACUCCUCCCACUCGUCACAUGCGCCACACUCGUCGCACACGUCGCACACAUCGCACCCGUCACACGCGGCGCCCGCGCGCGAUACCGGCGACCCGAAACCGCCCACCAAAGCCGAGCCCCGCAACGGACUCGACAAAGCAGACUCCUCGCACUACAUUGAUCCAAUAGAGCGCACCCUCGCCAACCUCGAGCGCACCCUCAAGGCCGAAGUCCCCAUGGACGUCAGCGUCAGCGCUUCUGAAACAUCCAUGCGUCUCGAGAACUUCACCAUGCCCAAACCGCAAAUGUUGGGCGAUUCGACGCACCAAAAUUUAAUGGCGCACCUCGGUGGACUUGCCGAAAUGUCGCACGUUCCCGACCAGAUCAAGUCGGAAAUGUAUCCACCGCACAACGGCUUCAUCGAUAAGUGCAUGCAACAAGAGCGCGAGAUGCUUCGGGGCGACAUGAACACGGGCAUGGGCGGGAUGACGGGGGUGCCGCCGGUGCCGUCCAUCUUCGACCCGGCGCCGGCCGCGCCGCUGUCGGUGAUCGCGCAGGCGCACCACGCGGCCCCCGCGCCACUCGCCGCGCCCGUCAAGAAGGAGGAUGUCAAGCCGCUGCUUACGCCCAAACCCAUCGAGGAUCUCAUCGGGGUCCCGCCCAUGGUCCCUAAUAACAUGGAUAGAAACAAAUAUGAAAUGGAUAAGAAAAUAGAGGAAUCUAAAAACAACUUUGCUCAAGCUUUUAAGUUAAAACAGGAGCAAAACCUGAAGAAUGCGAGUUCGUGGUCUUCCUUGGCCCAAGCUGGAAGCCCACAGAGCGUUCCUAAUGUGAGCUCUAACAACCAAAUAAAGCAGAAGCCCGUUAUGGAUACUUUCCAAGAAUUCAAGAAGCAAGCCAGGGAGAAAAUUAAUCGGCAGAGGGCUCUGAUUGAGCAGCAGGAGCUCCGGAGAAAGGAGCAGGCGGAGCGAGAGAGACAGCGCCAGGAAACGGAACGGAGACAUCCCGAUGACGACAAGAUGAGGGCACUUGGCGGAGUCCGCAAAACAGAGACGGGUGACGUGGCGUCGCCGAGCGUGUCGCCGGUGGCGCGCGCGUCGCCGCCCGCCGCGGCCGCCGGCGGCGCCGCCGCCUCCGCGGGCGACAAGCCCGCCGCCUCGGAGCGCGAGCGCCUCCGCCAGCGCGAACAAGAGAGGCGUCGUCGGGAAGCGAUGGCCGGUCAAAUUGACAUGAACAUGCAGAGCGACCUAAUGGCUGCAUUUGAAGAAUCUUUGUAAUAAUAGUUAGUUGACCCUAGUUCUACAAAGCAAAAUCGUUACGUGUACAGUCGACGUCAAUGAUAUGUUUACACAUUUGCACCUUGCUCCUUUGUAAUAAGGCGAAAAAUGUAAACAUAUCUUUGACGUCGACUAUACGCACCGUUAAUGUACGAACCACUACCGUACGACCCUUAAACGAUUCUUCUUGCUGUUGUGGUUGCUGACAUUUUGAUCGCUAUACAUAACUUUGUAAAUAUAAUUAAUUACGUAUAGGGACGCAAAAUCAAUUGCCAACCCCUGUCAGUCAAUUCAAUUAUCGAUGCUGACAAUAUUACCCGUACUUGUAAAACGAUUUUGAUUUAUAGAAUCGUACCGUCGAUUGCGCCCGUACUGACAAUUUUUAAUCAUAAUCAGUGUGUGCGGUGAAAUGUGACUCCAAGUGAAAUAGUGAUUUGUGCGUGGAACCAUUGACUAACAUGUGUAUAAGAGCUGUGAAUAGGAUACUUAUAUUAAAUUAAACUGUUGUACCAUCAAUUUAGAAUUUCGUGUUCGCGAGUUAAGGGCCUCUCUUAGGAGGUUGCAUUUUAAAAUUAUGUGUAAUAUAUAAGUUAAUUGUAAGUUCUUAAAAUAAACUCUCUUUACAUUUAUAAGCCAAUUGUUACGGGGUUCGGGUUAAGGGUUGAAAUGAAAAGCAGUCGUCUUCCGGGAAUUCUGUUAAUGAAGAUGUGUGACGUGCGCGAUACAGAUGUAUCUCCACGACAUUUGCUGAGGCAGUGUGAGGAGCUGCGCGCUAUCCGUCCACUCCGCUGCACGGCUCGGACCACUAGUCACUUUCUCUUAGUCACUUCCUUUUCAUCGUCUUUGUCCUUCAUUCUUAGGACCACAACACCUACCCUACCUAAAGUAACCCUUAGCUCAAUGUUUGCCGCUUACACACCUCAUAAUAUAUGAUGAUUGAUGAGAUAAAUAUGUAUAGGAAUAAAAUAAAAUAUUUAUUUGUAUAUAAUAUGUAUAUAAAACCUACUGUUGCCCGAUCAUAGAUUGACGUAAUCAAAUUAACAGUGGUAAUGGGUAUUUAAAUUUUUUUUAUUUUUACAAUUUUAUUACAGUGACGAUAGAAAAUGUGUAUCAUUAAAUCCUAAUUGCCAGAAUUGAAUAGACGAGUAGCCACGGAACGGACCAAAUUAGAGGUUGAAGCGGCAUAGUUUUAGCGAAGUAAUUUAGUGAGAUAAAGUGACUAGUAGUGCUAGGCUGGGGUAAGACCGUGUUAUCCGAAAAUGUGGCCUACAGUGUACACAAAUUCGAAAAGUCGGGAAACCCAAAAACGGUUCUUCAUUUCAAACCAGAACCGGAGGCUCGGGACACUUCCAUAAUUAAAGAUUUGUAGUUGAUACUAAUAUAGUAGUAUUUCAGUGAAAUCAAAGUAAUGAUGUAAGCAGUCAAUGGAACUAUGCAAUGUGUUAUCUUGUACGUAUUUAUUCAUUGCAUGUGUUGACAUGAACGUGUUGGUGUAAGUAUUGUGCCGCUAACUGCAUAAAGUGGUUGCCGCUUUAAUUAAACCUACCUAAACUUAAAUCAAUCUAUUGCUUUCAAUCAACAUGUAAUGAAUAAAAUUAGUUUAUUUUGUGUAUUUAUUAGUAAAUUACAUUUUCUGUUACAUAUUCGGUAUUCAAUAAAAUAUUUCUUAGUGUUGGUAGAUUUUUAUCAGUCUGUCAUUGUUUGAAAUCAGAUCAAAUGUCAUACAUUUGAUUUGUGAAAUAUAUUUAUUUUACAUUGAGAAAUGCCUUUUUAUGUUUGUAGAUAGACUCUCCAUUAGACUUUUUGUACUAAAUAAUAUCCUAAAUAAAUAUUCUACGUACCUACUCAUAAAUAAAUAAGGUAUCAGGAGUAAACAUGAUAAUAAAUACCAACCCAAAACGCAUUGUAUAUUGAUAAGCAAUUUAGUUUGUCGUUUACUCAUAUCAAUUGUAGAUAUGAACUAAAAUAUACAUUCCAUAUUGUAA